AUGAGAAAAUCCUUUCUCGGAUGUUCGAAUAAAUGGAGUCCUAACAACCAGGCACCUGUGCACACGUGCGACUGCCUUUCUGUUCGGAUUAGCUCCAGUGAACAUGUUUACACGCUCACUGAGUUACCUGUGCCGAGUGUAUCCAGCGGUUAUCGAGAGUGGAGUCAUGUGAGCCUAUUCGAGCGACCUACGGCUCGGUCGACUGUGGGAAUGCGGGCUCAGACUUUUGAUAAAACCAUCGGCAAAAAGGAUAUGGAAUUCUCAGUUCCUGUUGUUUACUCAAGCCGACAUUCGUUUCAGCCGAUGCUCCAAAUCGUCUGGCGAGAGGCCCGAGAACAAACAGAGACUGAACUAGUCAUCGGCCAUGUCAAGAGGGCUGCUGGAACGCAACCAAAACGGAUUCAAUUCAAGUUCUAUGCACAAUUGAUGGGCUUCAUGUUGGACGUGUCGGCAUCGGCAUCGUGGCCCCAGGUCACCAAGGCGACUCAAGGAGUGUUGUCGAUUCGGUCUUUUCGCCUCUGUUCGCUAAUAUUGUUCGAGAAGAGAUAA